AAUAAAAAAUUGAGAGAGAAAGAAAACCGGAGAUCUCUAGUUGUCGACAUUUUCUUCCACUCUAGCAUACUCUUCCUUAUUAUAAAUAAAAUAAAUUACUUGUAUGGGUAAUUAGUAGGUGUAAAUGGCGAGCAUGUCGGAGAAGAAGGAAAUGGAGAGUGGCAAAGAGGACGUUGUUUGCUUUGAACUCCCUGCUCCUCCUGGUUGGAAGAAAAAGUUCAUGCCGAAGAAAAGGGGGACACCUAGGAAAAAUGAGAUCAUAUUCACGGCUCCGACGGGGGAGGAAAUUAGUAACAAGAGACAAUUGGAACAGCACCUUAAAGCACACCCUGGUGGUCCUCUGGUAUCAGAAUUCAGUUGGGGGACUAGCGAGAACCCUAGGAGAUCAGCAAGGAUCAGUGAGAAGGUAAAAGCAAUGCCAAUGCCAGAAGGUGAGCCUCCGAAAAAACGAGGCAGAAAAUCAUCUGCUUCAGAAAAGGACAUCAAAGAAUCAGAAACUGCCCCUGAAGGAACUGAGGUGACUAAAGACGUUUAUAUGGAAGAGGAUAAACAAUCUGAGAGAGAUAAUGUGGAAGGAGAGGCUGGAAAGGUCACUGCAAAGCCAGAUGAACACUAUAAAUCACAAGAUGCUGAUAGCAAAACCGUACCCACUUCACAAGAAGUGAAACUUGGAGAAGAUGCUAAUAUAUCUGCUGAUGUCAAAGAAGGUAAGGAAAAUGCUGAAGAAUUGAAGGGCACACAAGAUGAUGCGUCUGGAGUUGCGCAAAGGAAAAAAGAAGGUUUCGAGAGUGCAAGCACAACAUCUCAGGGAAAUGUUGAACUGCCAGUGGCUGAAACAGAGAAAGGGGUUGGAACCAGGCAGCUGGACAAACCCGACAUACUCAAUACCAAAGAAAUGAAAAAUGAGGCGGAAGGAGAAGAAAAGGGGGAACAUGGUAGCAACGCUACUGAAUCCGAAACAUCAGUCAAGGAGAAAGAACUGGCAAACUGCAAUGAGGAACAAAAUGCUUCAGGCGUCAACGAAAUUAACAUGAAACCCGAAGAAGCAAUUCAGGUGAGAUCAAGCCUUGAGUUCCUAUAGGCUAUAGUUUUAACAUAAUGCAGGCUUAUCUUUCACCCCACCUUGUGACCCUUUUAGAUUUUUUUGGACUCCUUUCAAAUGACUGUAGCUUCCUUAGGGAUAGUUAUACUGAUUGUUCAUUGAGUCAUCUUCCCAUGUAAUGAUAAAUAACUGUAUAAUGCAUGUGUGUCUGUUAGUGAUAUAUUAGUGAGACCUGAUAUAUGCAAACAUGUAAAGUUAUACUACAAAUGAGUGUAAUAUGCUGUGUUUUUAAAGUAAUAUGUUACAGUGUUAUUCAGAAAAAGAAAAAUGUAUAUGUGCCAGUUAUAUA